CGGGAGUCAACUCAUGGAGGGCCUUGCAGAUCGAUGGAGGCGCUAACAGAAGGUCAUUUUGGGCCACUUCCCAGCAAGGCUGAGACAUUCUGACCGAUCCAAAAGAUGCUGACACCGUAAUCCUGUGAACUUCGUUGUCCAAGACUACGCAAGAACACGAAUGAUCUUGGUCAAUAUUUCUUCCCCAGAGAGAAAGAGGCCUCGAGCAGAUCCUGUACCUCGUUAACCCGAUGACAACGAGGAAUUUACUUCUCUUCCUGGGGCUCACUGGGUUGAGCCUCCAGGAGCCAGACAUAUUGAAGGACUUUUGCAGACUUUGGGGACACCAGACAGCGGUAAUCGAUCGCAAUCUCUACAUCGAUGGCGGCUUCGUGAAUUAUAACCCUCUGAGUGAAUACCCCGACAAUGCCACCAAUACUGCCCUGCUCUAUGCGGACUUUGAUGUCAACAAUCAGGGUAUGCCGGCCGUGUACAACAAUCUGACAAAACCUGCCGAUGCGCCCGAUGUGAACGGAGGAAUUCUGUGGCCCGACACUGUCAACAAGAUGAUGUAUCUCUACGGCGGCGAGUUCGAUAAAGGUUCGCCAGGCAACUUCUCGCUGUGGUCGUACGACGCUUUAUACAACCAGUGGAACACUGUCACCCCCGAUUCCUCGCAGGCGGGUAUCAAACGGGCCAGUUACGGCGCGGGAGUCACCUUGCAAGAUCGUGCGGCUGGCUUCUACUAUGGCGGAUGGCUAUCGAACGCGUCGGUCCCGAAUUGGGGAUCACAGCGUCCUAAGGCUUUGUCGACGAUGCUCCAAUACGACAUCCUGCAGAAUACGUGGACGAAUUCAUCCGGUCCGGACACGGUCGGCCGUGCGGAAGGGGCCAUGGUGUAUAUCCCAGUCAGUGAAGGCAUGUUGGUGUACCUCGGAGGCGUACAGGCUGCAAAUAAUGGCACCACCGUCGGCCAGCCUAUGGAUGAGAUUUUGCUGUACGACAUCUCGGGUAGUAAGUGGUACACUCAAAAAGCGACCGGCGACAUCCCAGAGCGAAGGAGGAGAUUCUGUGCCGGUGUUACCUGGGCGCAAGAUCAUUCCUCGUAUAAUAUCUAUCUAUACGGUGGCCUCGGUGCCCCGGAAGGUGUUGGCUUCGAUGAUAUUUACAUUCUGUCCAUGCCUUCCUUCCAAUGGAUCAAAUGGUAUCCUGUAACGCCCGGUAUAGGCUAUCCUAAGCAUUCCAUGUCCUGUACCGUUAUCGAUGGAGCCCAGAUGCUUGUGAUGGGUGGCACGCAACCCAACUCCACGGACUGUGACGUGCCUCCGAUAUACGGGAUGCAUAACAUGUACCUGGGGAAGCAGAAUCCGGAAGAUGCGAUGUGGGCAAUGUUCCGAUCCAACCUCACGAGCUACGAAGUGCCGUCCGAGAUCAUCUCUGUCAUUGGGGGAUCUGCCACCGGGGGCGCCAACACCACGCAGCCUUCUGGCGGCUUUGAUAACCGGGACCUUUCGGUUUUCUUCACACGGACCUAUACCGCACCAACUCGCUCGCCCACCCGCACGAUCCCAACCCCAACCUCGGGCUCAUCUGGGAAAUCGAAGCCGGUAGGGGCCAUUGUCGGGGGUGUCGUCGGUGGCGUCGCGGGGGUAUCAAUCCUGGCUGCCCUUCUGUUCUUUUACCUACGGAGAAAGAAGAAGAGUGUACCAACCGAAGAGGAACAACCGCAACCACAGCAAGACUCAAAAGAUCCGGCCCUUGCCGGACAGGAUGGACAUAGGAGAAGCGAGCUGUCUGGAGGAUACCCUGGGCAGGAACCGAUCAGAAGCGAGUUGCCUGCCGAGGUCGCCGCGCAACGGCAAUCUGCGAGAAGCGAGCUAGGCAGCCCACCCCUUGUAGAGUUAGAGGGAGACGCGGCGCCAUACUCACCCUCCUCACCCUCCUCGCCCCCUGGCUCUCCACUACCAUCUCACCCCCUCGUCCCUCCUUCUCCACACCGCGGGUCGGCUCCCUCAUCUUGAUGCUACUGGUGGAAGCCAGGGCAGUUAUUGCAAGAGUACUUACCACCAUAGCCGUAAAGGAACACGUACACACAGUAGCAUCACUUGCUCCUCAACCGAGGAACACCCGAGGUUUUAUCUGCUCCGUUCCCGAGUCAAUGUCUGAAUGUUUAUAGAUGAUCUCCCAGUUGAUAUGCCGUGGGACUUGGGCUGAGAGUCUUUUCCUAGCUUGUGCGAUAUUUCUUGUUCAACAUACUAAUAUCCAGUGUCUAUAUAAUACUUUCUACUACGGUUAAUAAACCUUUUUCUUUUCUACUGUGGGUGCGGCACUAUCCUCACUAUGCACCCACCCUCUCCCUCAGCGAGUG